AUGAGAGUUUAUGAAAAAUCUAAUGCAUUUAUUUCAUUAACUCAAUCAGAUAAACGAUUUUUUUAAAAAGGCCAUUAUUAUUCAUUAGCUAGAUUGAUUGUUGGACAAUUAGACAAUAAUACAAAAGAAGUAUUAUAUUAUUCAGGCUCAGCUUUUGAUAAUUAAAGAGAUAUUGUAGUUGAAAAAGAAUUUGAACCUGGCUAUUAUGCAUUGUUUGUUGAAGUAGAUUGGGAAUAGAAUUAUGAUCGAUAUUUAGCUAUUUUCUGUUAUGGUUCUAAAUCAGUUUAAUUUUCUGAAUUAUAAUUUCCAGCUGGUCAGGAAAAAUAGACGAUAAAUAAAAUUUUUGAUGGAUUUUUAAGAGCGCACGAGAGAGAUACAGAUGAAGAAAAGGUUAAGGAUAUUGAAACUGGUAUACGAAGAAUUUCUGGUUUUGUUGCAGAUUAUCUUUAUUAUUGGUAUCAAAAUACAACAACCAAAAAAACCUUAAAGGAAGAUCUUAAUUUAGAUAAAAUAUAAAAUUUAGAAAUAUGCUCUCCUUAUUCAAAUCCACAAAAAGUUGAAAUUGAGUGUAAGUCUCUCUCUACUGUUAUGGUUAAAUUCAGAGUAACUAAAAAGGGUGGAGGUUCUUUUGGAUAUACUCUAAAAUGUCAAACUCAGGUUUUUGAGGCCAAAACCGAAUAAUAAACUCUUAAAGAACCAGAUUAAAAAGCUUAAAGAAAUAUAUAAGGAAAUGUAUAAAAUAUUUUAAAUUAUUAAGAAUAUACAAGUUUACUUUUAUCUUGCAAAGUUUCCUGCAGGAAUUGCUCUCUUUUAUGAAAAUAAAGAAUCUAAAACAUAUUAAGAAAGAAUUUAAUUUGAAGUCACUAACUUGAAAGGAGUUGGAAUAGAUAUUUCUAAGGAAGUAGUUUUAGAAAUACCUUCUGGACAAUCAAAAUUAAUUUAAUUGCGAUCAAUUGAUCCAACAAAAGGAUAUUCAUACAAUCAAAUGAUCACUUUUAUGUUAAAAUGA